GGCAGCCGGCGGGGGUAGCUCGGCGGGUGCGGCGGCGGCGGCGGCACCAUGAUCCUGUCGGGGGCGCUGGGCGCGGCCUCCCCGGCCACCGUGUCCGUCUCCAUCAGCAGCAGCCUCAACUCCUUCCGCGCGCACAAGCGCUACGGGCGGGGCCUCACCAUCGCCGAGUUCAAGUGCAAACUAGAGCUGGUGGUGGGAAGCCCGGCGUCAUGUAUGGACUUGGAGCUCUACACGUCCGAUGACAAAUUUGUAAUGAAACUGGACAGCGAUGAGGCCUUACUGGGAUCCUACCCCAUCGACGACGGCUGUAGGAUACACGUUAUUGACCGGAGCGGAGCCAGGGUCGGCGAGUACGAGGAUGUGUCGCGGGUUGAGAAAUACGAAAUGUCUGCCACUGAUUACGAGAAGAGGCCAGACUCCGUGCGCUCCUUCCUGAAGCGCAGUAAGGUGGGGAAGUUUAACGAGGAGGAGAUGCUGAAGAAAGAGGCGGAGCAGGAACAAAAACUAGCAGAAGAGAAGGAUCUGGCGGAGGCCAUUUCAGUGGGUGCUCGGUGUGAGGUACGGGUCUCAGGCCAGCCCAACAAACGGGGGACAGUCAUGUUCGUGGGGCUAGCGGAGUUCAAACCGGGCUACUGGAUCGGCAUCAAAUACGACGAACCCUUAGGGAAAAACGAUGGCAGCGUCAAUGGAAAGCAGUACUUCGAAUGCCAGCCCAAGUACGGCGCCUUCGUGAAGCCUCAGUACGUCACCGUGGGGGACUUCCCGGAAGAGGAUUAUGGACUGGAUGAUGAAAUGUGACCGGGAGAAAGGAGUCCACGUGGACCCGCCGCCCUCGUCCCGUGGCCGUCGACACGCUGCGGCGUCUCAGUGGGCUGCUGCGUUCAGAUCCUGCUAGUGGGCGCCUAGGUGAGGGAGAAGAUGUGACGAGCAACUUUUUUUUAUUUUUUAUUUUUAUUUCUUCUGAUUGUAUCUGUUUGGUUCGGUGAAAGAUGCCAUAUCCCUUUUGUGUUUUUUCUCCCUCUCCUCCAUACGCACCAGCUUAAUGCAGUGACACUAAUAAAACCGCCUGGGAGGAA